AUGUUCGUCAAACCUGUGGUCUAUCUCGCUUCUUGGCUCAGUCUGACUGAUUUUUCUUUCUUCAUAUUUACACAGCUCUGGUCUGUCGUUACAUUAUCGGACAAUCCUCCGUUCAAUUUCUCCAGGUUAUGCCUGGAUCGAUCUGGGACUACCACAUCACUCGACAUCGAAAUUGAUAUGUCCAAUAGGUUCUGGAACCAUCAAGAACCUGAGCCAGAGGUCUAUACGAAUGCAACGAUUGACGCGUUGAACUUUAUCGUAGUGCAUGGCGGCACUCCUUCAAGGUGGAGGACUUUCUGGUUCCAUAUGCCAUGGAAAGUACGCGGCAUGGAGCCACAAAUAGCUGUGUUGAACUUCAUCAGCGAGUCUCCUAUGCCGAAACUGGAACGGUUUGAGGUCAAAUAUGAUGGCGCGCAUCAUAGAAAAAUCGAGGAACGCUGGGGAAAGCUCCUGUCUAACAAACCCUUGUUUCAACACCCUCCCCCGGCUCGUCUGAAGGUGGCAGUAUUGGAAUGGGUUCCCAAUCCGUAUUUGUUCGCAGGUUCACUGGCGGGACGUCCUCAGAUAGUCGGUUUGACUCGUCUCGAGGUAAAAUUCCCACCGAAGCUUCCAAAGCUUGAGGACUUCGGCGCCCUACUGGUUAAUAGCCCGAUGCUUGAAGUCCUAUCUAUCGAUACGCGGAUCAAUCAGUGCAGCCAUCGUUCGCCAAAUCAAGGCGGACAAAAUCUCCCGACCAGUUUACCGAGAAUUAGUCUACCAAGAGUACGAGUAUUAGGACUAUCAUUCAACACGAGCCACGUCUUCCCAUGGUGGGGACAUAGCCUACUCUUCAUGCUUAAUGCUCCCAACGUCCAAUCCCUUCGUUUGCUGCUGGAAAGUCCCGGGUGUCGGGGCCGAGUCCCGGUCAACCAAACAUUCAUCGACUACAUUAUAAAAGGAGACGACCAAACUAAACCAAAGCCUCUAUUUCCCCUUUUGACCAAUCUCGAACUAUUUGUCGAACCUAUUGUCGAAAGAUCCGGCCGCAGGUACCCCAACCAGGAAAUACUAAAAGCUUACCCUAGUAUCACGACCCUCAUCUUACCACGUCCAACAGAGCUCCACAUGUUAAGCAUUCAACCCUGGUUGGUUCCCUGUUUGAACCGAUUGAUUGUCUAUGCUAGACUAGCUUCUGAGCUGAGAGAGUCCAUCUCUGAACGCUGCGUGGCAGAUUUAGGGUUAAAAACUGUGGAAGUAUUGGUGCUAGAUGAGUCAAACAAUGAGGAGAUAGAGUCGAAAUACAUCGGAGAGUUAUAUGGGCUCGGCCUCGAAAUUUCUUUCAGUCACUCGAAACAUCGUGUUCGAGAGGUUCUCGGACUUGAUGAUAUCUGA